ACAUGUUCCGCAGUGUCGUCCCGUCGCCCUAUCCGGGAGCAAGGGAAAAGGAUCUGCAGUACUGCAAAGUGGAGAGUGAGGAUGGGAGGGGGAGCACGGAGGAAAGAGCCACCGCACCACUGUUAAAUUCCGGUAGCGUAAGGAAGAAGGAUAGAGAGAGAGAGAGUACCGACGCAUUAUUGCAGUAUAGUGGCACCGCGCACAUACGCGUACUAACUACCGCACUAACCUACAAUUCGACGUAUGCGAGGAGCGCUUGCAGUCGCAUUUUCCGAAGAGGAUAUAAAUGACGGGAUUUAAAUGCAUCGAGAAAUAAACCCAGGACCUCAACUGAUCUCACCACAAAUCAAAUAGGGAUAUUUCAGGAGACAACUCCUUCGACCGUAUUAUAUUUUAAUUCCCUGCCAUACAAAACAUUCCUUUUUUUGUUCGCCUUAUUCAUUGUUAGGCGUUGUUUGCUGUUUUGUAAGUUAUCACGUGGAUCUGGGGAAAAACCUUGAAUGUGGAUUUAAAAGAAGAGGCGUUUUGCACGGCGAUCUUUCACUUUUGGCUUCCCAUCCAGCUGUUCGACCGGGGUGAAUUAUCGUCCGACGCGCGUCCCAAUAUUGCGGCACUUUCUGCGUUGAUCAGCAAAUACAUAGUACCUCCUCUUAAAGAAAAGAAUCAAUCUUAAGUCUAAAGAUAAAUAUCUUAGAGUUUUUCGCUAUAAUUUCUCUGAAUUGAGCUUUCUUUCUUUCAUUCUUUCUUUUUCUCUCCAUCCCACCUCGCUGUCAGUGAGUCUUAAACAGCUGCAAACGAGAUGUCUGCUCCAGCUCCAGAUGCUGCUGCCCCAGCCGGUGCUCCAGGAGCCCCAGGGGCUCCAGGAGGAGAAGGAGGUGCCCCAGGAGGUGGACCCCCACAGGCUCCCCCUAACCUCACCAGCAAUCGCAGAUUACAGCAGACGCAAGCACAGGUGGAAGAGGUGGUGGACAUCAUGCGUGUGAAUGUGGACAAGGUCCUGGAGAGAGACCAGAAGCUGUCAGAGCUGGAUGACAGGGCCGACGCACUGCAGGCUGGGGCCUCCCAGUUUGAGAGCUGUGCCGCCAAGCUCAAGAACAAGUACUGGUGGAAAAACUGCAAGAUGAUGAUUAUAAUGGGAAUCAUUGGAGUCAUCGUGGUUGGGAUCAUUUUCUUAUACUUCUUCUAUUGAGUGGGACCAUGAGAAGAAGGAUAAAUAUGCAAGAGUGACAACAGGAGGGAAGAAAAAAAAGAAAAGCCCAUCCCCCAUUCCCUCUCGUUUCUCUCUCCACACAGAAGUCUUCCAUCCAGCCAUCUUGCACUUAAAUGUGACAGUAGUGUGUAGAUUUUAAUAUCUUUGCUCUUUCCCUGCCCUCCUUCCCUAUCUUUUCUUGGUAUUUUUCUCUGCCUGUGUGCUCCUUGCUCCCUCCGUGCUCUAGCGCAUUUCUGGAAGGGUCCGGGAGACAUGCACGUGUGUCGCAGAAGGGACCCAAGGCAAGUCUAAAAGAGAGGGAAGGAGGAGAUGGGGAGCAUUUGUGAACCUCGGAGGGAAACAGUGCUUCGGUUUUUUUCGAAUAGGGAAUGUGAUCAUAGAGAGUGUGCAGGGAAACAGAGCAGGAGAUAUAGAUUUUUUUAGAAGUUUUUUUAAAUCCCAAUAACAAUGAAAGCUUUGCCAUCUUACCUUUUGAAAGCUGCCUGCAUUUGUAAUUCGACAUGAGCAUACCUAACAACCUUCCAGUUCUUCCUUCUAUUACUGCAACUAUUAUUACUACUAAUAGGCUACUAAUACAGAAUCUCACUUAUGAUCAUUUUGUUGUGUGCGUGUGUGUACUUGUGAUGCAAAUUGUAACUUGUAGCUUUUACAGAUAUAGUUUGCUCUAGGCAAUUUUUUUUAUCUCCUUUCUAUUUGAUUUAUAGUUACCAGUGUUCUCUCUCCAAAGUUUGACUAUAAGAUUAUGUCAGCUUUAGAGUGAUUGCAGAGUAUGACCCAGACCUCAGCUCUGGCUACUACAGACACACUUCAGUGUUUAAGCUGAUCUUACAGACCGUAGAUGGUGACGGGGAUAGGAAGACAUGCACAGAGACUCUACCAGUGACACUGACAAUCUGCUUUCAUUUACUGGUCUGCCUUUGCUAUACAUUCAGACAGGCAUGCACUAUUUUAAUCACUCUGAUGAAGACUGAAGUUCAAAUGUAUAACAUGUGAAAUGUGCCAUUCUGGAUCUGUUUGGAUUCAUUUCUUAUAAAUAAGAGACAUUGUGGAACAACCGCAUGGUGGAAGCAAGGGACACACAGAAGAAUAAGUGAGGAUGUAUUCCUCCAGCUGAUAUUCAUACCGGAGACUCAGUGGAAAUCCCCAGUGCUGUCCACGUCGGGUCAAUUUGGUCGUGUGCAUACGUUUUCUUGUGAGUGAAGGGGAAUCAUUAUUCGCAGUAAAUGAAAAAAAGAUCUUAUCAAAAUUGUUCUGUUAUGCAUCAAAUGUUCAAUUAGUCAAAAAAGAAGACAUAAAAAAUAGAUCUGAAAUGUGAUAUCUAAGAAACUACUCACGAAACAGCACUGGGAACUUGUCAGUUUUGAUGUUGAAUUAAUCUCACUGCAAAGAAAAAUGGUUCUCCUAAAGAAGAUGAAACAAUAUCAUGCAUUGCAAAUAAGACUAAUCUGAGAUAUGUACACAAAGAUCCAUUUGCUAAAUGGAAAUUGAGGAGGUAUCAAAGAUGAGUCAAACUGAUCAAAUAUUCCAUAAAACAUUACAGAACUAUGAUGUGAUUUAUUGAUUUAAUCGCAUGCCUAUUUGCUUACCACUUUUGCUGAAGCCAAUAAAGAAUCAUCAUCAACAUGCA